GAGUUCAAGCGAGAUGGCAAUCUCAUCUGGCCCCUACUCGUGGAUCACGUGCGGCCCGACAUGCGACUGGCGUGGGAGGAGCCCUUCGGCCCCGUCGUGCCAGUCAUCCGCAUCACCACAGUGAGGAGGGCGUGCACCACUGCAACGCUAGUAACUUCGCACUGCAGGGCUGUGUGUUCACGCGCGACAUCAACAAGGCCAUCAUGAUAUCAGACGCCAUGGAGACAGGCACCGUGCAGAUCAACUCAGCGCCCGCCAGAGGGCCCGAUCACUUCCCCUUCCAGGGCUUCCGCGAGAGUGGCAUCGGAUCCCAGGGGGUUACCAACAGCAUUCUCAUGAUGACCAAAGUGAAAUCAACGGUCAUCAACCUUCCCGCUCCAUCCUACAGCAUGGCCUAGGUUGGCAACAUUCCCAUUACUAUGAGCAUUUUCAUGAUGACCAAAGUGAGAUCAAUGGUCAUCUCAUCAACCUACUCGCACCUUUCCCACGGCACGGCCAUGUACCACUACCUUAUAUAUUUUCAUCCUGACCACCUCCACGCUAUUGAUGGUAUAUGUUACAGUAUGUGUUUUAGAUGCCAAUAUUUGGUGUGUGCACUAGAAAUCGAACAGGUGGGUUCACGUUGUCACCAUAGGUACGCAAGCAUUUACGAAGAGAAGAAUGUAAGGUGAACGAAGGUGUUGGGCUGAGAAAAGCCCUUAGGAUCUUUUGCAGAGACUAAGUCCCAGCUGUAGAGACUUGAGACUUGG